CAACUUCGCCUAGCAAUGCAAUCGAGAGGCUUCCUGCCUUGAUGGUGUUUAACUGCCAGGGGAACCAGGUCCUUGAAAAAAGGAACGAUCUCUGGAUAAACCACCAGCCUGCUGGGUAACACACACAAUAAUGGCGACAGAGAGUAAGAAGAAGACACUUUGUCUAGUAACACGGAAAGUGGAGAAGUGUCUAGCUGUCCAGGAGCUGCUACAGACAGAGCAUUAACAAGGAACCUCCAAAGGGACCAGUCCUGCGUUAGGUGCUCUCCUUCCCAGUGCUGCCACUUCAGAGCUCCCUGUGCUGUGCCACGCUGCUUAACAGUUGAUGUUCUGCAUGUAUGCUUUGGUGGGGAUCUUCAAGGUAAAUUGUGUUGUUGUUUUGAAAGAAAGCAGAAAAGAGCAUCACGCAAUCAUUGACUGUACUAACGAGCAGCUCAACCGACAACUAAUAACCAAGUGUAUUAGCCAACAGACUAACCUAUUAGAUGUUGCAUCUUGGGUACACCAGACCGAUGGAGUGCUGUGAAGCUCAUCCCUAGAUGACUUGAAGUACCACACUGAUGUGCCUGAAACAAGACUCCCCAAAUCUCAGAGAGGCAAGAUUGACCAAACAACAGCUGCCAUUUACCAUAGGCUUCCUUCAGUGUGUGAUAACUGGACAUUUUGGAUGUUCUCACUAAGGGCCCACGUAUGUUGUAUCUUUUGGGGCUGACCUUUUCUCUGAGGGGGAGGUACAGUAAGGAAGGCCAUCUGUGCAACAUUACGGUGCAAGCACUCCCUGCACAACAGAAGAAGGAAGGAGAGAAUUUCACAGUUGACCAGAGUCUCACUUUUAUCAAAGACAUGGAGAGCAAAACAAAUCUGGACAUUAAAGAAGAAAGCUGUGAAUGGGAAUCUGUGCAGCACCAGAUGAACAUUUAUAGCAUUAAAGAAAAUGACAAGUGUAAAUCAGAAACUGUAGUCCUCAAGGAGGAGUCUGAGCCAACGUCUCACUCCACUGACCUUCAAAACCAUGUCAAGAUAGAUGACUUUAAAUCUGAGCAUGUGCCCCCAGAUGAGGAGUUAACGGGAACAGGAAUUACGAAAAGUAGAGCUCACUCCCUCCACAACCAUUCUGUCCAGGUGAAGACCGAACCUUUGGAUUAUGACAUGAAGAGAAGUGAAAAGGCAUCGUGUUCAACGUAUUCUGGAGAAGAUUUACAAGAAAGUGGCACCAUCUGUCUGUCUUUAUUUCCUGAGACCAUUCUUCAAUGUAGACCACAGCAAAAUGAAAAUAUGAAAAAGCUGACAUCUGGAUCAUCGAUUUUGUUACCUGCCACGUUGCCAUUUACUUUUCUGCCUUUAGUAAAAUUAACAAGAAUAGACAAAGUAAAUACUCCCCAAAGGGUGCAUGAUGCAAAUUCUGCAUCUUUGAAUGUCAGCCAGGAGCACAGGAGAACGUCUAAACAAAAAUCUAAAACUAAAAAGAAGCGGAGUUCCACAAGACGGAAGUCGCAUUACUGUUCUGAAUGUGGCAAACACUUCUCACGAUCUGGCCAUCUACAGGCCCACACAAGAAUUCACACAGGAGAAAAACCGUAUUGCUGUUCCGAAUGUGGAAAACGAUUCACCAACAGUAGUUAUCUUCAGAUCCACAAAAGAAUUCACACUGGAGAGAAGCCGUAUCGCUGUUCCGAAUGUGGAAAACAGUUUCUCACCCAGAGCAUGGUUAAUGUUCAUGCCAGAGUCCAUACUGGAGAGAAGCCAUAUUGUUGUUCAGACUGUGGCAAAAGAUUCUCCACCAGUAGCAUUUUUAUGAGUCACAGAAGACUUCACACUGGAGAGAAACCGUAUCAGUGUUCUGACUGUGGAAAACAAUUCUCACAAGUUGGUGGUCUUUUGAUCCACAGAAGAAUUCACACUGGUGAGAAGCCAUAUUCCUGUUCUGAAUGCGACAAAUGCUUCUCCACAGGAGGUAGUCUUCAGUACCACAAAAGAAUUCACACUGGAGAGAAACCGUACUGCUGUUCUGAAUGUGGCAAACAAUUUGCUCAGGUAGGUAAUCUACAAAUUCACAAGCGAACUCACACUGGAGAAAAACCAUAUUGUUGUCUUGAAUGUGGCAAACAGUUUGUCACUAGACACAAGCUACGCAUCCAUGCAAAAACUCACAUUGGAGAGAAGCCAUAUUGCUGUCCUGACUGUGGCAAACGAUACACUGAAAAACGCUGUUUUCAGACCCACAGACGAAUUCACACAGGAUAUCAGCAGCCACACCACCAGAACUUCAAACCAGGUCAUCUGCCUGAAGCUAAGCAUGGUCGGGCCCAGCCAGCACUUCAAUGGGAGACAAGCUGGGUUGCUGCUGGAAACAGACUGAUGUACAACAUGGAGGAAAUAAGUCCAAUUGCUGUCAAGCCUCAUUUUUUUAGAUAUAUAUAUGAAGAGGCAGAAGAGAGGAGUAAUGUGGAUGAAAGGGCGAAUCACACACUCCCUUUCACAAAUACCCUGGAGAGAAGAAGCGUGGACAUUAAGAAGGAGGACAAUGAAUGGCAACAUGUGCACCUUGUUCAAAAGAGUCCUAGCAUUAAGGAGGAGAACUGUGAAUCUGAGAUAGCAUAUGACAUGCAGAAAACGGAAAUUAAAAGCAACGUGAAAGAAGAAGACCUUAAAUGGGAGUAUGUGCAUCCAGAAAUGACUGCUUUAGGCUGUCCUCCAGGCAGUCACCCCUCCCUACAGCAUCAUUCUGUCCACAUGAAGGCUGGGUUUUUGGAGCCAGACAUGAAGAGGACCGAGAAAGUGUUAGGUUCAAGUCCUUCAGAAGAAGAUUUUCAAGAAAGUGGCACCUACUUCCCUUCAUGUUCUGAGUCCGCUCUUCACCGUACACCACAGCAAAGUGAAAAUGUGAAAAAGCUGACAGCUGGAUCAGAGAUUUUGACCCUGACAUCAUUCUCGUACAGCUCUGUAUCUGUUUUGAAGUUAAAAUUGACAGAUGCACCCAGCACUCAAGAGGUAUCUUAUGUCUGCCAAGAUCAGAAUACAACCUCUAAACAAAUAUCUGAGAACGAUCAUAAAUGGAUUAAUGCACGGAAAAACUUAUACUGCUGUAUGGAAUGUGGGAAACAGUUCUCCAAGAAGUACAGGCUUCGGAUACACACCCGAAUUCACACUGGAGAGAGGCCAUAUUGCUGUUCUGAAUGUGGGAAAUGUUUUUCCACCAGUAGCCAUCUUCAAACUCACAGAAGAAUUCACACUGGAGAAAAACCAUAUGCCUGUUCUGAAUGUGGAAAGCGAUUCUCCAAGAAUUACAAGCUUCAAAUCCACACAAGAAUUCAUACUGGAGAGAAGCCAUAUUUCUGUUCUGAAUGCAGGAAAUGCUUUUCCACCAGUAGCACUCUUCAAAUCCACAAAAGAAUACACACUGGAGAGAAACCAUAUUGCUGUUUUGAAUGUGGCAAACGAUUCUUAGAAAAAAGCAAGCUGCAGAGUCAUGCAAUAAUUCAUACUGGGGAGAAGCCAUAUUGCUGUUCCAUGUGUGGCAAACAAUUUCGCAGGAGUGGUGAUCUAAAGACACACAUGAGAAUUCAUAUUGGAGAGAAGCUGUUUUGCUGUUCUGAAUGUGGUAAACGAUUCUUCACAGCUACUGAGCUUAAAAUUCACACAGCAGUACAUACCGGAGAGAAGCCGUAUUGCUGUUCUGAAUGUGGUAAACGAUUCUCCAGGAGUAGCCGUCUUCAGAGACAUACAAGAAUUCACACUGGAGAGAAACCAUUUUGUUGUUCAGAUUGUGGGAAGCAAUUCUCUAGCAGUAGUAGUCUUCAGAAUCACACUAGCAUUAACCAUGAAGCGAAAACAUUUUGCUGUUCUGAUUGUGGAAAACAUUUCUCCACUACCUGCCACCUUCGGACCCAUUCAAGAAUUCACACCGGAGAGAAGACAUUUUGGUGUUCUGAAUGUAGCAAACAAUUCUUCUCCAGCAGUGCACUUCAGAAACAUUUACGAGUUCACACUGGAGAGAAGCCAUUUUGCUGUUCUGAUUGUGGAAAACAAUUCUACACAAGUAGUCAUCUUCAAACCCACAUAAGAAUUCAUACUGGAGAAAAGCCAUAUUGCUGCUCUCAAUGUAGCAAACGAUUCACUACCAGUAGUUAUCUUCAGACUCACAUAAGAGUUCACACUGGAGAGAAGCCAUUUGCUUGUUCUGAGUGUGAGAAACGAUUUACCACCAGUAGCAGUCUUAAGAAACAUAAUAGAAUUCACACUGGUGAGAAGCCAUAUUGCUGUUUUGAAUGUGGAAAACAAUUCUCACAAGUAAGCAAUCUUCAGAAACACAGAAAAAUUCACACUAUGUGAUUCACAUCAGAUCUUAUACUUCAUAUUAUGAAAUGGAUCCAAAAAAGUAGUUAAUCUCUGAUUAAAUAAAGAGUUUCCAACCCCCUUGCCUCUUCACUGGAGUAGGUGAUGGUGGUAGCUGAAGUGUAAAAUCUUCAGAUGGUGGAAUUGCUGCGGGCUGCAUCAUAAUGAAACAGAUGAGACCACAUCAUUGUGCCUUGGACGGGAAAGUAAGAGGACUGGAUACCAUCCACUGCUCAACCGAGGAUAAAGUGGAGCUCAUGCACCGAAGUGUUUUUGUAGCGAGUCCAGGAUUUCCAACUAAAGCAUAUGCAAGGGACAUAUGCGCAAAAACACUCAAAUAUGAAAGGACACACAUGGAAAAUGAUCACCGGCCAGAAGUGGAAUGCCCUUGAAAGCAACCGAUUCUCAACAAAGGAGAAGUUUCAAGGGAGGUGGAGGUACAGUGCAUUGAAAGUGUCAAUAGAAACCAACCAAAAAUCAGUAGUGAAGAUCACCUCAGUGGUCCGAGAAGGGGAACCACCAAAAAUUAGUAGAAAAGCAACCAAAAGAAUAAAGCAGAGGGUCUCAAGUCCAGUUGUAGGGUACCACUGUGGCUGCAGGUCUUUAUUCGCAUCAAUACAUAACGUAGGCCUCAGCUAAAAUGUAGGAAAAUGAAAUCCCAGUUUUGUACGAGGGACAUUCAAACAGUUUCACCACUUUGAUAUUUUCAUUGGAAAUGGUGAAGGCGGGAGGAGUAGUC